UUCCUCUCCAUAUUUGACGCGACUCCAUUGCCUUCAUUCGCACCAGCAACAGGAAGGAAUAAAUACAAACCCAGUCGAUUCUAUAUAAUCCAACUGGGGAACCGGCGAACGUGUCACGUCCUUACUGGCCACAAUAAAAUUUGGAAAGAAGAAUCUUUCCCGUCCUCGGCAGUGGUGCGGCCACAUCUGAUCAUAGAAAGGUAAAUUCUGAAGAAGGCCUCCUCUCGCCGGCCAUAUCGAUCAUCAAUGGUUAGGGUUUCUUCGGGAGGAGCGGCGAGUUCGUCAAUGGCGUCGACUCUCAAAGCGUACUCAAUUCCCUUGGUUCUGUUCGCGGCUGCCAUAUUCAUUCAGCUCUUCGUAAUCCCUAACUCGUUCCCGCUCAAUCAUUACGACGUUCUUGGAAUCAAGAGGUAUAGCACCGUGGAGGAAGUUGCAGAGGCCUACGAGAAGUUUUCUUCUAAGUGGAAUUCAGGCACGGAAGUUCCUGAGACUAUUGAUUUUCUUAAGAUUAGAUAUGCUUUUGAACUCCUGACUGAUCCAUUGUGGAAAAGGGACUAUGACAUAUUUGACAUUGAUGAGCAAAUAGAUGUUUUUGAAAAUGUCAAAAAGCACUUUUCUGGGGUUAGCUUCUCAGGAAUCAACCUUCCAUUGCUAAGUGCUGCUUCUUCUGAUCCUGGAGAUCAUGUUUUUAAUGUGAUUACCUCAAAUGAUUUCCAUUCUGUGUUGGAAAAGACUGAGCCGUUGCUGAUUCAGAUAUAUUCAUUGGGAAGCAACAGCUGCAGACAAUUUUCUAAUGACUGGAAAAGAAUUGCUACUUUUUUGGAGGGGGUUGCAAAUACUGGCAUGGUGGAACUUGGUGAUGCAAGGCUUGCAGCAUACCUUGCUGAGAAGAAACCUACAGGACAACCUUUCUUUCGGAAUGGCCUCCCUUCACUUGUUGCAUUUCCCUCAGGUUGUAGAACUUCAGAUUGUCUAGUUAGGUAUGAAGGAGAGCUCUCUGUUGAUGCAGUUACUGAUUGGUUUGCAACAGCUAUACUCACUUUACCUCGCAUUCCUUACUACUCAAAGGAGUCACUGGGGCAAGUUUUUCUUGCAAAGAGUAGUCCUUGGAAGGUGAAAGUCAUAGUCUUCUCAAGAACUGGGCAACGGGCUACUCCUUUCUUGCGCCAAGCUGCUAAGAAUUAUUGGGCUCAUGCUUCCUUUGCAUUUGUACUAUGGCAAGAAGAGGAUUCUUCAGUUUGGUGGAAUACGUUUGAGGUGGAAUCUGCACCUGCUAUUGUAUUUUUGAAAGAUCCAGGUGUCAAACCUGUUGUGCACCAUGGAUUUUUCAAUAAUUCAUGGUUUGUAAAUAUCAUGGAACAGAAUAAACAACAAGAGCUUCCCCAGUUGCGGAGUAUAACAUCGAUGGAGCUGGGCUGUGAUGCCCGAGGCUAUUCUCGUGCUGGAUAUGAUACCAUGACUUGGUAUUGUGUUAUUCUUGCAGGAAGGCUAAGCCUGGAACUUAACAAAAUGCGUGAAACCAUGCGCAGGGUCCAGCAAAUACUAUCAAGUGCUGCUGAGUUAAAUGGAGCUGAUAAACACCAACCAUCGGAACCAUCAGCAAUUGCUCUAAAAGACAAGAGAUUGACAUUUACUUGGCUGGAUGGGGAAGCCCAAAAGCAAUAUUGCUUCUUCUAUAUUCAUUCUGAGGAUAGCUAUGAUACUUGUGGACCGAGGAGGGAUGUGGCUGAUGUACCACAGUUAUUUAUUGUACGUUACAAAAGAAAUGCAACUGUAGACGAUUUGAAGGUUGAGAGGAGGCCAAAAGGCAUAUGGAAUCCAUUUCAGGAGGAGGAUGUGGAUCCUGCAUCACAGCUUGUGGCAAGGUACAAUGGUUCAGGUGAAAUUCCAGAGAUUAUUAAAUGGAUCUCACAGAUAAUCAAGGAUGGUGACUCCAGGGAUCUCCCCCUUUUUAGAACAAAAACUCCUCAGCUUGUUCCUGAGGAUGUGGAUCCUAUCUGGUCAAAAGGUGCCCAAAGCAUUCUCUCCACAAGCAAGGGGUUGAAAUACAGGAUCAAAAGCAUCAUAAGUGGAAUGAAUGAUCGCCUGGGAGAUCCAAGGAUUGGACCUAUGUUGCUUUUGGGAUCACUAAUGUCUUUUGCUAGCAUUUGGCUAAAGAGGAGUCAAGCAACACAUCAAAGCCGAUUAGAUCAGCCUAGUCAGCCAAGUAACAUGGAUGAAGAUCGAAAAACUCGGCGAAACCGCAAAACAACUGUGUCAAGCCAAGAUCGACCUACAUCCAUCACUGACAUGGAACCAAAAGAUGCGUACCAGGCGCCACUAUCAGAUUCAGACUCUGAUUAGCAGAUGCUGCCUUGAAGGAAUAGAUGUUUUUAACCUCAUGAACAGAAUCUAGAGGUCGUCAAACCAAAGAUGAUGCUUAAUUAUCAGGAGUCCAGAUUUAACUUAUUAAUAAACAUGUCCAUUGAGUGGCAAACUAACCGGAAAUUAUCAAAUGGGGUUAUGUAAUUUUGUAGCCAUACAAUACAAAGUACAUAUUUAAGUACACUGUUUUUACUCAAGAGUUUUCAAUGAAUCAAUAAUUAAUAGCUUGGCUUGUUUCCCUCUUUC